CAUUUAUUAGCGUUCCGGUACAGUUGUUGGCGUUCAUGUUUAUGUUCCAAGUUGGCGACCCCAACGACUGACGUGUCACGACCCAUCGGUACGGAGGGAGGACCCAGAUGCAGGACUCCGGAGACGCAAAGGUUUGACCUCCGCCAAUGUCCGCGAUGGAGUCCACCCACCUCCUGGGCGGCGCUAAGAAGCGGGUGAAGAUCCACCCUCACACGGUCACGGCUAAGUACGCCACGCAGACCCCCUACGCCCCGCAACCCGGCGUACACACGCACUUCCCCCAGCCCGGCGACGAGGGCUACGACGACGCGCCGUCCUUCGAGGACUUCGGCUCUUUCCUGGAGGAGACGUCGGACAGGAAGCAGCUGACGGAGGCCAAGAGGUGGCCGCUCACUCUGUUUGGCUCCAAAGACAAAGACAAGGCCGCCGCCCCGAGACCUCCGGCCGGCCGGAGCGGCGACGGAGGCGAAGGUCCGGCCAGGGUGGCCAAGGGUCCCGGGAAAGGGGUCGGGGAGCAGCUGGCCAGCUUCGGGGAGGCCUCUGUGUCGGCGUCGCGGCUCACCUGGGUAGGGCUCCUGUGGGCGGCGCUGGCUAACGGCUGCGUGAUCGUUCUGACUCGGACGGCCUCGGAACGCUUUGGCCUGGGUCCCCUAUUUCUGCUCUUGUUUCGGUCCGUGUUCCAGCUCCUGUCCGUGGCCGUGCCGCUGCACAAGGGGGAGAACCCUUUUGGACCGGAAGGCUACCGCCUCCGUCUGCUGUGUUACGGAGUGGCCUACGCACUGUCCCAGUGCUGCGGGUAUGCCUUGCUGACCUUUGCCUCCCCCGAGGACGCCGCCCCCGCCUGGCGCCUGGCCACUACGGUGCUGUCGGCCACCCUGGCCUUCCUGUUGCUGGAGGAACGUCUGGGCUUGGCGGACGGCAUCACCCUUGCGGCGGGACUUUGCGGUUUGGGGCUCCUGCUGCUUCCUACGGCAGAUGAGAGCAAUUCCGAUUCACCGACAGACCCCGUGGCAUUCUGGAGGGCAGCGUUUGGGUGGUCCCUGUCAGGACUGGCGGGACUCUGGAUGGCCCUGGCCCUGGUGGGGUACCGGUCGCUGAAGGAGAGAGUCGGCGUGGCGACGGCUCUGUUCACAGUGAGCUGGACAAGCUGUGUGCUUACCCCAGCCUCGUUGGCCCUGCUCCAGGAGGGCUGGUCUUGGCCAGCCAGCGGUUCCGACUGGGGACUGGUCGCGGGCUUGGUAGCCUGUUCCGCCGCCGCCUUCCUGGGGAUGACGCACGGCCUCACCCGCAUCCACCCGGCGCUGGUGUCGGCCAGCCAGAGCUUGGAAGCGCCCCUGGCCACGGCGGCCCACCUCGCCGUGGCGCAGCUGGCCCCCAGCGCCCCGGAGGUGGUCGGGAAUGCCAUGGUGGUCCUGAGCGUUGGCUGGUUGGUGACCAUGAAGCUGUUGCCCUCUCGUGGGGCCAGCCGGCGUCACCGCGAGGAAUAUGAAGAGAUUCUGGACUCGCCUAUUAAAUAAGAAACUCUGACCCACACAUUCUCGCUCUAACAUGUAAAUUGUACAAGCCUACUAAAAUUUUAUUAUCUUCGCCAAGCACAAAGUUAGAUUCAGGAGGGGGGUUUUUUUUCAGUUUGUUGGUCAUUUGUCAGCUCUUUAAAAAAAAAAAAAAAAAAAAGACUUUGCAAUUUUUCCAGG